AAAGACUGUAUUGACGAGUUGGUUAUAGUUGAAAAGUUUAUAACCAAAUGUGAACAGGCUAAUGAAGUAUUGUGGGAAUAUUUUAGUCAUGAAAAUGAAUUUGGGGAUGUUGUCACAAAGGCCAAUCCAAAUGAGCCACAUCCAGAAUGUGAUGACGCUUGUGUCAAUAUAAAUGAAAGCCUAUCUGAAAGAACAGGUCAAGAAAUCAAGAACAACAAAGGAGUUGUAAGGACAGACAAACCUAGUGCAGACCUCAGCCCAGUUAAGAAAAAUGUGAGAGUCAGAAGAGUGUGCCCUGUCUCUGGAUGUCACAAGUCAUUCACCACUAAGACUAACCUUACAACACAUUUAAGAAGACAUAACGGUGAGCGACCUUUCUCGUGUCCAGAGUGCGGGAAGGCGUUUAGAAGUAAGAACACUCUCAACAACCACACCAGAAUUCACACAGGUAUAAAGCCAUACGUGUGCCCGACAUGCGGCAAACAGUUCAGCACGAACAAGCUGAGCGCGCACAUGCGCACGCACGCGGCGCGCACACACGCGUGCGGCGUGUGCGCACGCACGUUCACGCACACGCGCGCGCUCGCCUCGCACGCACGCACACACGCGCCGCCCGCGCGCGCCUAUGUGUGCGUGGCGUGUGACGUCAGAUACAACCAUAAGCAAUCGCUGAAUAAACACAUGAGAAAGAGACACGCGCAGAAGCCGGUGGCAUCCGGGUGAUACAAUUCCCAAAUACAACAAUGUAUUAGUUAAACAUUUAACUAUAAAGUGUGGGUUAUCUAGUCACUUAUAAAAUAUAAAUUAUUCUCAAUGAAA